UUCUUAUAUAAUAUUGUUAUUGUACUAUUAUAAUAAGAUACAUUGGCCGUUCUAUUUGUACAGCCACCAAAUUGAUUCAGCCUGAUAAAGCUUAUCAUUUAUUCCAGUAAACUAGCAGAACUCGAUUCAAGACAUGACGCAAUGUAAUGUGUCUGUUUUUAAUUUGUGGUAGUACAGUUACGAAUACCUAUUGUGUUUAUAGUCAUAAACCAAAGGAAUAUUUUUUUUUAAAUAUUUUCUGAUAUGCCUUUGCCGUUUCACAAAGAUCCAAAACCUGCAACUGAGGAAAAAAUUCAAAAGCACAGUCAUAAGGAUGUUAAUAUUCUUAUUCUUGGAAUACAAGGUGUCGGAAAGUCAGCUCUUACCGUUCGAUACUUAACGAAAAGAUUUAUUGGUGAUUAUGAAACUGAACACGAAUCACUUUGUUCACAUGUAAUUAUGAUUGAUGGUAAACCCUUGAGUAUUCACAUACUUGACACGGCAUGGAAGGACGGUGCUUGCAUGAAAGACGAAUAUCUUAUGUGGGCAGAUGGUGUUAUUCUAGUGUAUUCAAUGGUUGACAAAUCAAGUUUUGAUAAAUUACGUGAAAUAGCGGAGUGGAUAUUAGCCAAAAAAGGAGAAGAAAAAGUAAUUGCCGUGAUUGGAAAUAAAAGCGAUCUUAUUCACCGGAAACAGGUAUCUGACACGGAAGCGACUCGAUUUUGUGCCGAAUACAAUUGUUUGUCUUUUGACACAUCUGCAAGUGAUAGUUAUACAGACGUAUCUAAUGCGUUUAAUACGAUAAUUCGGGAGAUUAAGUUAAACAAUAAAAAGAGGGAAAAACUAAAUAAACUAAUGCAUAAUCCCAGCGUUUUAGCUAAGUUACAAAUUAGACAAUCUUUGAAGAAUUUGGCUGAGAUGAAAUGGCGGAGUCGGACUUCUACAAUGUAGAACUGAUAUAUAUUACUUAUUUUGUAUUUUAUAUUUACUCUUAAAAUAAAAGGUGUUACAGCAGUUGUACGAAAACCUCAAAAUGUAACUGCAACCCUCUAACAUGUUUUUCGUUCUUAAACUAAAAACAUUGAUAUUCGAAUUAUUGUCUCAAGAGUAGCAUAUUUGGAAUAAUCUGCUAGCUGUAGCUUAUGAAGUUCAUGAAAAUAACAUAAACAUAAUAGUACUCAUUUCCGUUAUCAGUGUGAGCUAAUUUAGG